UUUAAAUAAAGUAUUAUGGCGCCGCACCAGCUGGAGUAAACUCUCUUGUUUUCGAUUUCUUGGCCGUCAUUUGAACCGGCUCAUGUAAAUUCAAAAUAUUUUAACAAAGCCGCUGAUUUAAGAAAGUCAUGUCGAAUUGCUUGCGGAGUUUGUCGGCGACAAGUGCUCUCGCGUGCGCUAGUAAACACCUUGUCCGGCGCAGUCGGACACUCUCAGACAGUCUUGUCAGCCUAGAGGUCUUGCCGAUUAGAAGUGCUGCAUGUCUAUCACUUACCAGAUUGGAACCCCGAUUUUUAGAAACGGACACCCUGCUCGAGGAGCAGAGGGUGCCACAAAAGUUGACGUCUGAUGACAUCAUCCUUUGGUCACAACCAAACAGUCAAGUUUCCAGCAUUUUGUAUCCCAACCCAUCAGCCUUGUCUGAGUUUGAGAAGCACAUGAUCUUGCUUGCCGAAGUACACAAUGGCAAAGAUACUCAGCCGACUGAGCCGGGUAACACUGGCAGACCUUCAGCUGAUCAAUUGGAAAAAGUUUUCAACGUCCUUAGUGACACUCUCCCGAAACUCUUCAUUCAACCUCUCGACUACUCGAUUUAUCAUCCAAACGUUGUGUUUGAAAACAAUAUCAGGGGCAAAAAGACUGUAGGGUUGUAUAAUUAUGUCAAACAAGUGGCCCUGCUAAGAACAGUGGGUCACCUAAAAUUUGCCUAUGUCAAGUUUGAAAUUUUGAAAAUUACGUCACACCCAGAUGAAGGAAGUGUCAAAAUUCGCUGGCGAAUCAGGGGCAUUUCGGCAAUGAGAGUGAUGCUAAAAUUUUGGAAGUUCAGAAUAUGGAACAUGAAGGAGAUUUGGGAGAAGCAGGAGGCCUGGUACGAUGGGUUUUCAAUUUUCUACGUCGGAAGUGAUGGUGCCAUUUAUAAACAUAUAGCUGAUAAGAUGAUGCCGGAUGAGGAGAGAAAACUGAAUGAUGCAGGCAAAACAAGUGGCCUUGCAGCAAAAUUGGCACUUGUUGUGGGUCUCGCUCCAAAAAACAUAGAAAUCUUCACCAUGGGUAGCACUGAGUUGAAGGAAUUGAUGCUUCCAUUAGAUGAGAUUGAGUAGCUCCUCCAUAAUAAAAUUAAUUUGCCCAUCUUAAAGAAGAGGUAACAUUUUGAAUAAUAAAGGCAGUUUUUUCCAGCCUGAAAUAUUUUGUUGCCAUGUGACUGUUUUGUUGCUUUUCAAUGUGAGGCUCUUACAAAAAUAUUAAAUAAAUUAAAAUAUGUUAGGA